GCGGUACCUGUCAGCCGUGCUGUAUGUGUGGAGCUCCGUGCGAAACUCAGCUUUCCUUCGCGGUACAGUCAGUCACACGGGCUGCUGCUCACUAAAUAUACACACUCCCGUUUCCUUAAGCGCUUUAAUUUUCCUUUAUAAUAACGUGCACUGGCUUUACGUGAACAUCCCAGAUCCUGAUCGUUGUCCAGCUGUCUUCCUCCACGGCGCGUUGCCAUGGCGACGCAUCCUGCGCUCCAGGCCGCCAUUGACCUCUCCGCAGGGGCAGCAGGGGGUGCUGCCUGUGUGUUCAGCGGGCAGCCCUUCGACACAGCCAAGGUGAAGAUGCAGACCUUUCCCACCAUGUACCGGGGCUUCCUGGACUGCUUUGUCUCCACGUACCGGCAGGAGGGCCUCCGAGGGCUGUACCGGGGCACCUCGCCGGCCCUGCUGGCCAACGUCGCCGAAAACUCCGUGCUCUUCAUGAGCUACGGGUUCUGCCAGCAUGCGGUGCGCUUUGUGUCCAGGCAGAGUGGCGAGUCUGAACUCAGCGAUCUGCAGAAAGCGUGUGCCGGCUCCAUGGCGUCCGUUUUCUCCUCGUUGGUGCUCUGUCCCACGGAGCUGGUCAAGUGCCGACUGCAGGCCAUGCGUGAGAUGGAGGCGUCGGGCCGAAUCGCCAGCGGGCACAAAACCGUGUGGUCGGUUGUCAGAACCGUGAUGAGGACUAGCGGUCCUCUGGGGUUCUACGAGGGCUUGACCACGACCAUCGUGAGAGAGGUUCCUGGGUACUUCUGCUUCUUUGGGGCCUAUGAACUCUGCCGCUCCGUAUUCGCAGGUUACCUGGGCGCAGCCAAGGACGACAUCGGGGUGGUCCCGCUCAUGUUCAGCGGGGGCUUUGCGGGCGCCUGCCUCUGGCUGGUCGUGUACCCCAUAGACUGCGUCAAGUCGCGCAUCCAGGUGCACUCGCUGGCAGGGCGGCAGCAAGGCUUCCUGAGGACCUUCGUGGGGGUGGUUCACACAGAAGGAGUGGCAGCGCUCUAUUCCGGCCUCACCCCAACCAUGAUCCGCACCUUCCCCGCCAACGGGGCCCUCUUCCUGGCCUACGAGCUCAGUCGCAAGAUGAUGAUGGAACACCUAGUCAGUUGACCUGCUCGUCCUCGCCGGCAGCGAAGCACGUUUUUCCACCAGCCUUUUUUUCAACUCCGUUUACAGCGCAAAGCCCACGGCAUCAACCGCACCCGAGCGUUCGGAGAGCAGCGCCGCACCUUCCACACUCGUAUACCACAUGCUUGAAUGCAUACGGUUGUGGGAAAACAGAACUCGCGGAGACGUCUUACCUAAAUGCUUCAGUUCAAAACACUCCAACUUGAUGGACCCUAUUUUAAACGAUAUUUUACUAUUUGAAGAUGCAAUAUUUUUAAAAACGCAACAUUUGAUUUUAUAUCCCUUAUGGAGCGAAUAUUGACUUUGAGUAUAAAUGUAUAUGAUCGUAGUCUGAAUUAGUGUGUCGUUUACCGUAUGACUGUUGGAAACCUGUUCAGUAAACGCAUGGGACCAUUUUUAUGCCAGAUGGUCAUUGAAAGAGAAGAGAAUGUGUGUGAUGGGGUUUUGAUCGGCCUCCACCAGGGGAUACAACUUUUUGAAAAGUAGAAA